AUGGCGUCGGAGUCGAUCGUCCCAGCACAUGUUGCUGUCGAGCAACACCCAGCGAGGUCGCCGCGGCGAAGGAUCGCCGGACGAUGUUUGUUGUACGCGUGGCACCGGUGCAUGCGCCUCAACAAGUUCUUGUACCAGCGCGUCCACUCAUGGCACCACCGCAUCGUAGUGCUCUACGCUUUGGGCGCGCAGUACAACCACCCUAUGGAGGGCCUCCUCCUCGACACCGUCAGCGGCGUGUUCGCCUUCCUCGCCCCAGGUAUGUCGCCCCGUAUCUCCAUCUUCUUCUUCACACUCUGCACCGUCAAGGGCGUCGACGACCACUACGGGCUGUGGUUGCCGGGGAACGCGUUCCACCUGUGCUUCUGGAACAACACGGUGUACCACGACAUCCACCAUCAGUCGCGCGCCAGCAAAUACAACUUCUCGCAGCCCUUCUUUGUGACGUGGGACAAGGUGUUUGGGACGCACAUGCCCUAUGUGGUCGAGCACAGGCCGCAAGGAGGGCUCCAUGUGCGUUCCAUGGAAGCCCUUAACUAUCCUGGUAGAUGUUGA